AUGUUGGAGAAUGAUGUGUUGGACAUAGAAGCUGUUGGGGUGAAAGGUUCGCGUUUCACCGUCUUCUUCCUCAAGAUGGGAAACUCGAAGAACUGGCAAGAAAAUAGUUCUCAACUCGUUGCCGCUGAGAAUGGAUCGACAGCAAGUCGGGAGAACCAGUUCGGUUUGGAGCAGCUUGCAGCAUACAUCAACAUUAUCAUGCCAAGCCUGUUUGGGAUCAUCGGUUUUUUGGGCAUUAUAGGCAACUCCAUCGUAAUCUACACCAUUGUAAGGAAGACCAAGUUCAAGUACAAGCACACCGUGCCUGACAUAUUUAUCUUCAACCUGUCCUUGGCUGAUUUGUUAUUUCUGCUAGGAAUGCCUUCCCUUAUUCAUCAGCUUGUUGGGAAUGGUACCUGGCAUUUUGGAGCUAUUAUGUGCACCAUCAUAACUAGCUUAGACAGCAACAGCCAAGUCACCAGCAUAUAUAUAUUAACAGCAAUGACCUUUGAUCGCUAUCUGGCCACCGUUCACCCUCUGAAAUCAGCCUACAUGCGCACACCGUCCAUCGCUACAUUGGUGAUCUGCCUCGUUUGGCUAGCGUCUUUCUUAACCAUCAUCCCCAUGUGGCUGUACAGUGGAUUAAUGUCACGACCAGAUGGCACGGUCGGUUGUGCCUUACUUUUGCCUAACCCAGCCACUGAUAUUUAUUGGUUUACACUUUACCAAUUCAUGUUAACUUUUGCCAUCCCUCUGGUUAUCAUCUGCAUUAUUUACUUCAAGAUCCUUCAACACAUGUCCACAGCUGUGGUCCCACUGCCAAAUGGAAGCAGAAGGACAAGGAACAAGAAAGUGACCCGGAUGGCUGUGGCCAUCUGUACAACCUUCUUCGUAUGUUGGGGACCUUUCUACAUCCUUCAGCUGGUUCAUCUAAGGAUCGAGAAGCCAAGCGUCACUUUCUUCUCUGUGUACAACUUUGCCAUCAGCCUGGGCUACGCUAACAGCUGCAUCAACCCUUUCUUAUACCUUGCCUUGAGUGAGACCUUCAGGCGGCGCUUUUUGGUGGCGAUCCCACCUGCUCACCAGCAUUUCCGGGUGAAUAACAGUGAGGCAGAGGGAAGCAUGUCUAUCAAGCUGUCUGGCGAACGCUCUCAACGGACCCACUUCGCAAGGGACUUUUCACCAAACACUUUGCCCGUAACAGUCACAGUUCAAUGAAGGUUUGCGUAAACACCAUGGUCAAUUUUUAAGGAUGAUGAUAUCGCAGGAGAGGAUUUCUUAUCUUUGUUUGUUCCACCAAAGUCACAGUCUUCACUUGCAGCUCUGCAUCCUUGCUAUCAAUAAAUGAGGAAAUCUCUAACAGGCAAAAGACAACAGCAACAUUGUGAGAACUGCUCUCACCCCAUCACUCUAGAAACAGACUGCUCCUCCCACUUGUGUGUGCAAAAGCAGUCAA